AUGCUCAAGCCAAAAUCUACACCAAGACCGCUCUGGUCCUCUUCGUCCUCUAGAUUCUUCUCUUCCUCUGUAAAAUGUCAAGACAAACCAAUUAUGAACCGAUACAGCAGAGUAGUCACCCAACCAAAAGACCAAGGUGCCAGUCAGGCUAUGCUAUAUGCCACAGACGGUAUCUCCAGUGAUGAGGACUUCAACAAAGCAAUGAUUGGUGUCGCAAGCAUCUGGUAUGAGGGAAACCCUUGCAAUAAACAUCUUCUAGGUCUUGGGCAAGAUAUAAAAAGCUCUCUUCAAAAAGCCGACCUCAUUGGAUAUCAAUUUGGUACAGUUGGGGUCAGUGAUGGCAUUAGCAUGGGCACUCGUGGAAUGUCAUUUUCUUUACAAUCUCGGGAUCUUAUCGCAGACCAAGUCGAGACUGCAGCAGGCGGACACCAUCUUGAUGGUAUGGUCGUAGUACCAGGUUGUGACAAGAAUAUGCCUGGUGUCCUCAUAGCUCUCGGUCGUCUCAACCGUCCCGGACUGAUGGUCUACGGAGGUACCAUCCGUGGAGGAUCGUGCGAGGGUCUGCCUCCACUCGACCUUGUCUCGGCAUUCCAGUCAUAUGGAAAGUUCCUUCAAGACGGCGAGACACCUGCCGCAGAGAAGGAACGAUAUCAAACGGUCCGCCAUGCUUGUCCUGGUCCUGGAGCUUGUGGUGGCAUGUACACAGCAAAUACCAUGGCUAGCGCCGCCGAGACUAUGGGAAUGACUCUUCCUGGUUCGUCUUCGUUCCCAGCAGAAUCUCAGGAGAAACGUGCAGAGUGUGCUUCUAUCGGUCCUGCAAUGUAUGAACUUGUCUCUCGGAAUAUCUUACCACGAGAGAUCAUGACAAGAUCAGCGUUCGAGAACGCGAUGGUCUUAACUAUGAUCCUUGGUGGUUCGACCAAUGCCGUGCUUCAUCUUAUAGCAAUAGCACACUCAGUGGGAAUCACUCUGACCAUCGAUGACUUCCAGAACGUCUCCGAUCGCACUCCCUUUUUAGCAGAUAUUAAACCAAGCGGCAAGUACCUGAUGGAGGACGUGUAUAAGAUCGGAGGUAUUCCUAAAAUCCUGCACUUCCUCAUGAAGCAAAAGAUGAUUGACGGGAAUAACAUGACUGUCACCGGACGCACUCUUGGAGAAAACCUUGAACGAUGGGUGCACAAAUAUGGCGAGCUCGAUUUCAAUCGCCAAGAUGUCAUCCGGCCUUUGAACAAGCCUAUCAAAGAAUCGGGACAUAUCAGAAUUCUCAAGGGAAACCUUGCUCCAGGGGGUGCAGUGGCCAAGAUUACAGGCAAAGAAGGUCUCAAUUUCAAGGGCAAAGCACGAACUUUUGACAGCGAAGAUGACUUUGUCAAGGCAGUGGAAAGUGGUUCCAUCAAAAAGGGCGAAAAAACCGUGGUGAUAUUGCGAUAUCUCGGUCCUCAAGGUGGUCCAGGUAUGCCGGAGAUGCUCAAACCUACAAGUUUGAUAAUGGGUGCCGGUUUGGGUUUCGAUGUUGCGUGCUUGACCGAUGGUAGAUUCAGCGGAGGGUCCCACGGAUUCUGUAUUGGACAUGUUGUGCCCGAAGCACAGGUCGGAGGACCGAUUGCCUUUGUGCAGGAUGGUGACGUUAUCUCCGUUGAUGCCGUGAAGAACACGAUCGAGUUGCACAUCACUCCUGAAGAGAUGGAAAAGAGGAGGAAAGCAUGGGUCGCACCCCCGUUAAAGGUGACACAAGGUACUUUGUAUAAGUACGUGAAGUUGGUGACUGACGCCAGUCACGGGUGUGUUACGGACUCAUGA